AUGGAUACCCGACCGCUAUACGGUGGAGCCAUUUCUUGCCCAGUUGGAAACUCAUUUCUCGAUGUGAGCAAUGUACGCCAAGUACCCGACAAUCAGGAAGUCUUUGUGGAUAUGGAUACACAGCAGAGUCUCAUCAUUGAGCUGCUUGAACCUGUUGAAGCUGUGAACGAGGAUAUUGCACGGUUCCAUUUCCAACAAUUGGCUGACGAUAACGAAGCAACCGAAGCUCAUGUUGACCGUGUCAUUAAGCUGGAUUCCAAGACUGCCGUUCCUCGUCUUCCCGCAGAUACGACGAUCGUGCACAUGCUACGAGGCACGCAAAAGGUUGCUAAAUUCAACGAGGCCAAGGAUAUGGCAUACAACACGGUGGAAAUCAGAAUGGCUGUGAUACGUCUUGCUCAGGUGGAAACGGAUUUGGUGAUUUCUAUCAAUGCACCUGUUUUGGUGGCUCCUGGAAGCACAGAUCAAGCAACAACAGCAGCCAAUGUGGAACAGCAUAUUGAAGCAAUCCUUAGCCAGCUGCAAGUGAAUGAUUGGAGUCUCUUUGGAUGA